AUGGCUUACCAGCAGUCACGGGCUCUAAAGAAGGAGUUUUCUCUUCCCAUGGUGCCCGGUAUGACGUGUGGUGAAGAGAUGCUCCGACGGAGUUACCACCGCACUCAAGUGCACGGAAGGAAGUAUGACACCAAUACACACAUUGACGGUGUCCCAGAGGACAUGUCAAGGUUCAACUUACAAACGGUUUCGUCCAUCUCCAAGUAUGCUCCCGAGAUGCUUCCCACCGCUACGCAAACGCAGAAAAGUGAUGAGCAAAAUGUCGACCUCACUGGCCGCGUGCUGCGUUUCUACGCUUACACGAAGGAACUCGUCCCCGAGAGCUUCGUUGAGCGGGAACGCGUUCGGAAGUUUGUCUUUAACGUCUUUUUGGAGGACAAUACCAUGAGUGUGGUAGAGGACGUUGCCGACAACUCCGGUAUUGCCAUGCCCGCUUCUCUGAAACGGCACAUCGUCCCACUUCCGGAUGGAUCACCCAUUACAUUUGCCAACUUCCGUGUGGGUGAAACCAUCACCUUCUAUGGCCGGACGUACAUGGUGUACGACGCGGACAAGUUUACACGUGAUUUCUAUUCGCAGUCAGGACUAGAGCUUGACCCGGCACUGCCGCUUCCCUUUGACGCAUAUACGGAACUCCAGAAUCGGCCAAAGAAAAUAUAUGCCGUGCGUACCAUCGCGGCCAGCGACCCAACGAACCUCACACUCUUACCCGAGCAGGUGCGCGCCACGCAGCAGUUCCUAAAGCAUGACGGCGAGGUGUUGCGUUGCGAUUGCGUGUGGGAUGACAUGGAGGCAUUGCACGGUACCAAACAUUACCUGACUCUGUACUACUUUCUUUCGGAUGACAGUAUUGCAUUGGUGGAGAAAGAUUAUCCCAACAGUGGUCGCGAUCCGUUCCCGCGUUUCUUCCGCAGGCAGCGCGUAGCCAAACCCAAGGAUGGCAGGUUCGACCCCACUUCAUUGGGUACACUUACCUUUGAGGACACGAGCAACAGAGACUACUAUACUGACGCCGAUAUUCGUAUUGGCAACUGUUUACACGUUUUUGGUCGUGAUGUGCUCAUCUAUGACUAUGAUGAAUAUACCCAGCACCACCUUCUCAAGAAAUUUGGUAUUACUUCAUACGAUCCCAUACCGGGAGGUAAAAAUCCUCCAGCAGCCCCAAUCGGCUGCCACAGGCGCGAAAAGACAGCACAAGAGUUGGAGGAAGUUCAGAUGCGGAAGCGCGCGGAGAAUCGCAUGCGGGAAUAUGGUGAUGUAACCGUUAAGUUCCUCAUGAGGUUGGAUAACGCAAAGUAUGAGGAUGAAAUCCGGCGCUUCGUUCUCACAGUGUACCCAGCAGAUGAUACUAUCUCCAUCUUCGAGCCUGUUAUACGGAACAUGGGCAUUGUGGGCGGAAAAUUUCUUCAGCGGCAGCGUAGCAAGCGCCCCAAUGGUGAAUUCUACACAGCAAAGGACUUCUUCGUUGGAGCGCGCUUGACCAUCAAUGGUUUCCCCUUCGUUAUCUUAUCCAGCGAUGAGCGGUCUUUGAGCUAUAUGGAAACCAAACACGAUGAGUUUAUCCGCUCUGACAUCAAUUACGUGGUGAGGAAGCUACGGGCAAUGCUUCUAAGUAGAAAAACGGGGUUGGUCGAGGCGUUCAGAGAGGCGGAUAAGGAGAACUCAACUGGACUGAAAAUGGAUGUCUUUCUGGAUAUUAUGAACCGGCUAAAGUUAGACAUAUCCGAGCAAGAGCUGCUAAGUCUCCUGAGGUACUUCGACAAACAAAAUGAGUCGUAUGUAUCUUAUGAAGAGUUCAUGAGCCGUGUGAUGCCUGAGGGAGUUGCAGUUGCUUCUGAUGAUCGGCCAUGGGAAGUAAUCGAUGCCCAAAGCGCCGAAGAGGAGCUCGCUGCCUUUGUGGUCGAUCCCCGUAUCGACGAGGAGAAACGCCUUCGAGCUGAGCAGAUCUCCUUAGCUGCGCGAGGGGCAGAAGAGUUCCUCACCUUAUACGACCAGCGCCGACAACUGGUGUUAAAGGAGUUUCGUGCCAUGACGGAUUACUCUCCCGAGGGAGUUAUUGGGGCCAAAGAAUUCAAGAUGUGUAUUCGAAGGAAGUUGUUCGUGCAAACUAUUCCAGAUGCGGCACUCGAUGCCCUUUGUGACAAGUUAUUCCCACCCGAGAUGCCGAAACUUAGUCUGGAGGAGCUUACGAGAGUGUUCAACGGCACCUCUACCUUGCCACGGAAUAUGAAGGAUAUCAAAGCAGGUGAAUCCAAGUAA